AUGAGGCACAGUCUCCACUUGACCUUCAUGUGUCUGAGUCUCCUCACUGGAAGGAUGUGCAUCCAGGGGAAUCAGUUUAACAUCAAGGCCAGCAGAAGUGACAAGCUGUCCCUGCCUGGCUUUGAGAAUCUCACAGCAGGAUAUAACAAGUUUCUCAGGCCCAAUUUUGGCGGAGAACCUGUUCAGAUAGCACUGACUCUGGACAUUGCAAGUAUUUCCAGUAUUUCAGAGAGUAACAUGGACUACACAGCCACCAUAUACCUCAGACAGCGUUGGACGGACCAGCGGCUGGUGUUCGAAGGCAACAAGAGCUUCACUCUGGAUGCACGCCUAGUGGAGUUCCUCUGGGUGCCAGACACUUACAUCGUGGAGUCCAAAAAGUCCUUCCUCCAUGAAGUCACCGUGGGAAACAGGCUCAUCCGCCUCUUCUCGAAUGGCACAGUCCUGUAUGCUCUCAGAAUCACAACAACCGUCGCAUGUAACAUGGACCUGUCUAAAUACCCCAUGGACACACAGACAUGCAAGUUGCAACUAGAAAGCUGGGGCUAUGAUGGGAAUGACGUGGAGUUCAGCUGGCUGAGAGGGAAUGAUUCUGUGCGCGGGCUGGAGAACCUGCGGCUUGCUCAGUACACCAUACAACAAUAUUUCACAUUAGUUACCAGAUCGCAGCAGGAAACAGGAAAUUAUACACGAUUGGUCUUGCAAUUUGAGCUUCAGAGGAAUGUCCUGUAUUUCAUUUUGGAAACCUAUGUUCCUUCCACUUUCCUGGUGGUGUUAUCCUGGGUUUCGUUUUGGAUCUCCCUUGAUUCAGUUCCUGCAAGAACCUGCAUUGGGGAAGGCAAAGGAAGUGGAAGAAGCCAACAUCACUAACAUCAUCAACAGCUCCAUCUCCAGCUUUAAACGGAAGAUCAGCUUUGCCAGCAUUGAAAUUUCCAGCGAUAACGCUGACUACAGU